UGAAAAUUUGGGGAGAAUUGGUGAAAAAUGGGGUGGGAAUGGUGACAAUGAGUGAGGAACAUCGGGAUGGAGCCCGAGGACACCAAGGGUGACGGUGCCACCCCAGGAAUGGCCUUGGGGACACCAAGGGUGACGGUGCCACCCCAGGAAUGGCCUUGGGGACACCAGAAUGGGCUGAGGGACCCCAAAGUGGCCUUAGGGAGAACGAGGGCAGCGCCACGAUGGCCCCGAGGUCCUCAAGGUCCUCAGAUGUCCCAAAGGUCCCAAACAUCUCCAAUGUCCCCAAUGUCCCCAGUGUCCCCAAGGUCUGCAAUGUCCCCAUGGUCCCCAUCAACCCAACAUCUCCAAUGUCCCCAAGGUCCCAAAGGUCCCCAGUGUCCCCAAGGGUCUCCAAUGUCCCCAAGGUCCCAAAGGUCCCAAAUGUGCUCAACAUCUCCAAUGUCCCCUGGGUCCCCAGUGUCCCCAAGGGUCCCCAGUGUCCCCAACGUCUGCAAUAUCCCCAGGUCCCAAAGGCCCCCAAGAUCUCCAAUGUCCCCCACUGUCCCCAGGGUCCCAUCACCCCAACAUCUCCAAUGUCCCCAAGGUCCCCAGUGUCCCCAAGGUCCCAAAGGUCCCAAACGUGCUCAACAUCUCCAGUGUCCCCAGGGUCCCCAGUGUCACCAACACACCAACAUCUCCAAUGUCCCCUGGGUCCUCAAUGUCCCCAAGGUUCCUAAGGUCCCAAACAUCUCCAAUGUUCCCAAGGUCUCCAACACCCCCAGUGCCCCCAAUGUUCCCAGGGUCCCAAGGUCUCCAAGAUCCCUAUCACCCCAACAUCUCCGAUGCCCAAUGUCCGCAAGGUCCCCAACAUCUCCAAUGUUCCCAAACUUCUCAAGGUCCCCAUCAGCCCAACGUCUCCAAUGUCCCCAAGCUCCCCAAUAUCCCCAGUGCCCCCAGUGUCCCAAAGGUCCCCAACAUCUCCAAUGUCCCCAAGGUCCCAAGAUCUCCAACAUCUCAAAUGUCCCCAAUGUCCCCAAGGUCCCCAUCACCCCAACAUCUCCAAAGUCCCCAACACCCUCCAUAUUCCCAAGGUCCCAAAGGUCCUCAGCAUCUCCAAUGUCCCCAAGGUCCCAUCACCCCAACAUCUUCGAUGUCCCCAAGGUCUCCAAUGUCCCAAACGUCCCCAACAUUUCCAUAAUGCUCAAGGUCCCCAUCACCCCAACAUGUCCAAUAUCCCCAAGGUCUCUAAGGUCCCCAACAUCUCCGAUCUCCCCAAACUUCUCAAGGUCCCCAUCAGCCCAACAUCUCCAGUGUCCCCAAGGUCUGCAAUGUCCCCAGUGUCCCCAGGGUUCCAAAGGUCCCCAACAUCCUCAAUGUCCCCAUUGCCCCCAGUGUCCCCAACACCCCCCUAAUGUCCACUGUCCCCUCCAGGCUCAUCCCCGGUGUCCUGCCACCCUGUCCCGGUGGGUGACACCCUGCUGCUGGUGGUGACCCAGCUGUGUGGGGUCCCCAAUGUCCCCAAGGCCCCAUCACCCCAACAUCUCCAAUGUCCUCAAGUUCCCAAAGGUCCCCAACGUCUCCAAUGUCCCCAAGCUCCCCAAUAUCCCCAGUGCCCCCAGUGUCUCCAGGGUUCCAAAGGUCCCCAACAUCUCCCAUGUCCCCAGGGUCCCCAAGGUCCCCAUCACCCCAACAUCUCCAAGGUCCCCAAUGUCCCCAGUGC